GCGGCUGCACCUAGGUUGGCAAUUGGCACUUGGCAGUAACCAUAGACAAAAUCAAAAUGUCAAUCGAAACAAAAGUCAAAAAAGAAUUUGUGGAAUUUGUAUUUUUCUGGGAACGGGAAUUUGUAACAUGAUUUUGUUGUUUGAUAAUAAUUAUUGAUUGAUUUUGAAUGUGAAUUUGUGACUAUUGGUAUUCAUAACAAACCCUGAAAACUAAUGUAUAUGUGAAAUAGUGCUAGGUAUCAGAAAAUAUAUAAAAAUGGCGCACAUUUUAGACUUUAAUAAAAUAUGUCGCGCUUGUUUAUCCGACACAGGACCUCUCAAAGACUUGUUUACUGCCUGUUCUUCAGGCGUUUUCAAGUAUUGUACUUCUGUCGAGAUUGCAGCCACAGAUCCCCUUCCGAAGCUGAUCUGCCAAACAUGCCUAGACUUGUUGAACAAGCUGUAUUACUUCAAGCAAGUGGUUGUGAGAUCCAAUGUCAUAUUAAAGCAGCAAUGCAGAUUACAGAAUUUACAAGCAAAAAAUGAUCAACCCACAAGUGAAGGCAAUGAUAAUAAUAUGGUAGAGGUGAACAUUACGGAACUGACUGAUGAGCUUAAGAUGCAUGAGAACAACACCACUGGUGAUUGUAUGGAGAGCUCGGAUAAAGCUGAGAAGCCUUCGGCUGAUGCCAUACUCAUUAGUCAGAUUCUACAAAGGCGAAGACGGCGCGGGCCCGGACGUCCGCCCAAAGACCCGGACGGACCUAAGAGAAGACGCGAGCGUAUGAAGUGCAUGAAAUGCGGCAAGAGCUUCCAGAAGUAUGAAAACUUUGAAGCACAUAUGCGUGGACACUUUGGGAAGAAGCCGGACAUCCAGUGCGCGCACUGCGACAAGACGUUCAUGUCGCUGCGCAGCCUCAGCUCGCACGCGCGCAUCCACUCCGCGGUACGCAAAUACCAAUGCCUCGCGUGCGGCAAGAGCUUCGCCUACCUCAACGUGCUCAAGAACCACGAGCUCAUCCACGCGGGCGUGCGCAAGCACCAGUGUCACCUGUGUGACGCCAAGUUCGUGCAGGCGUACAACCUCAAGGUGCACCUGGAGACUCACAGCGACCAGAAGAACUACAGCUGCUCGCAGUGCGGCAAGAAGUUCGCGCAGCCCGGCAACCUCAAGAUACACCUCAUACGGCACACGGGCAUCAAGAACUAUGCGUGCACCAUGUGCGAGAUGAGGUUUUAUAUCAAGGCGGACCUGGUGAAGCACAUGCGCUCUCAUUCGGCGGAGAAGCCGUUCUCGUGCCAGAUGUGCGACAAGACCUUCAAGAGCAGGAGCUUCCAGGCCAUACACAUGCGGACGCACACUGGUGAACGACCGUAUGCCUGCGACUUAUGCCCGAAAAAAUUCAUGGCAAGAAAAGACCUCCGCAACCACAGAAUGAUCCACACGGGGGAAAAACCUCACAAGUGCCAGCUGUGCAACCAGGCCUUCAUACAGAAGUGCGCGCUUAACAGGCACAUGAAGGGGCACGGGAAAAACAACGAGGACGCCCAGACUCUCAUACGAGCACCCUUGCCGCCCGUCAAUAUCAACAACACUCCGCCGCUGGCUAUGGCGUACGCGCAGUGGCAUACUAAUUAAUUCAUGUAACUGUGUGCAUUUACAACACGCGACGCCACACCCGCAAUCGCCGUAACUACACUCUUCGUGUACUAUGUGUUUUAUAACACUCGACACCACUCUUGCAAUUUCCCUAUUGACACCAUACACGGCAGAGAAACCUCACAAAUGCCAGCUAUGCAACCAGGCCUUCAUACAGAAGUGCGCGCUUAACAGGCACAUGAAGGGGCACGGGAAGAACAACGAGGACGCCCAGACUCUUAUACGGGCACCCUUGCCGCCCGUCAAUGUCAACAACACUCCGCCGCUGGCUAUGGCGUACGCGCAGUGGCAUACCAAUUAAUUCAUGUAAAAUAGCUUAGAUAAACAAAAACAU